AUGCACAGAAACUUUCGCAAGUGGAUUUUCUACGUGUUUCUCUGCUUUGGCGUCCUCUACGUGAAGCUCGGAGCGCUGUCGUCCGUCGUGGCCCUGGGAGCCAACAUCAUCUGCAACAAGAUUCCUGGCUUGGCCCCACGGCAGCGUGCCAUCUGCCAGAGCCGGCCCGAUGCCAUCAUCGUGAUCGGGGAGGGGGCGCAGAUGGGCAUCAACGAGUGUCAGUACCAAUUCCGCUUCGGACGCUGGAACUGCUCCGCCCUGGGCGAGAAGACUGUCUUCGGGCAAGAGCUCCGAGUAGGGAGCCGGGAGGCCGCCUUCACGUACGCCAUCACCGCGGCCGGGGUGGCCCACGCGGUCACGGCCGCCUGCAGCCAGGGGAACCUGAGCAACUGCGGGUGCGACCGAGAGAAGCAGGGCUACUACAACCAGGCGGAGGGCUGGAAGUGGGGCGGCUGCUCCGCCGACGUGCGCUACGGCAUCGACUUCUCCCGGCGCUUCGUGGACGCCCGUGAGAUCAAGAAAAACGCGCGGCGCCUCAUGAACCUGCACAACAACGAGGCCGGCAGGAAGGUCCUGGAGGAGCGCAUGAAGCUGGAGUGCAAGUGCCACGGCGUGUCGGGCUCGUGCACCACCAAGACGUGCUGGACCACGCUGCCCAAGUUCCGCGAGGUGGGCCACCUGCUCAAGGAGAAGUACAACGCCGCGGUGCAGGUGGAGGUGGUGCGGGCCAGCCGCCUGCGGCAGCCCACCUUCCUGCGGAUCAAGCAGCUGCGCAGCUACCAGAAGCCCAUGGAGACGGACCUGGUGUACAUCGAGAAGUCGCCCAACUACUGCGAGGAGGACGCGGCCACGGGCAGCGUGGGCACUCAAGGCCGCCUGUGCAACCGCACGUCGCCGGGCGCGGACGGCUGCGACACCAUGUGCUGCGGCCGUGGCUACAACACCCACCAGUACACCAAGGUGUGGCAGUGCAACUGCAAGUUCCACUGGUGCUGCUUUGUCAAGUGCAACACCUGCAGCGAGCGCACCGAGGUCUUCACCUGCAAGUGAGCGCGCGCGCGCGCCCCCGCCGCCGGCACGCGCGCGCCCCCGC